UCUUACAAUGAUGGAUUUAAAUUCUUCUGAAGAGAAGCUGACAGAUGGUGAGAGCAGCCGUCUUAAAAAGAGCAAAAAGAAGCAAAAGAAGAAAGAUGCUUGGAGACCAGAGGGACCCAGAGACCCAUUUGCCAUGUUGGAUUCUCUGCCAGAAGAGAAACAGCAGGAGAUACAGAAAGCCCUUCAUCUCUUCUCCAUGGGCCAAUGUUUGCCAAAGACCCUGCAAGAUGCCAAGAAACAUACCUACCAUUUCUGGGACACACAACCUGUCCCCAAAUUGGCUGACAGCAUAAUGACUCAUGGCCCAAUCGCAGAGGCUGUAACCAGUGUUCGAAAGGAGCCCUACUCCCUCCCUCAGGGCUUCUCCUGGGAUACUCUUGACCUGAGCAUCCCUGCAGUGUUAAGAGAGCUGUGUAAUCUACUAAAUGAGAACUACAUGGAAGAGGAUGACAACACAGUCAGAUUUGACUUCUCCCUUGAGUAUCUCCAAUGGGCUUUGCAACCACCAAACUGGAUGCCCCAGUGGCACUUGGGUGUGAGAGUAGACAGCAAUAAGAAGUUGGUCAGCUUCAUUGCUGCUGUUCCUGCCGAGGUUUGCAUUUAUGAGACGAAGAAGAAGUUGGUGCAAGUCAAAUACCUUUGUGUCCAUAAGAAGCUGCGCCACAAACGGAUGACUCCAGUUCUGAUCCGAGAACUCACCAGACGGGUCAACCAGCAGGGUCUCUACCAGGCUGUGUAUACAGCUGAGACGGUGCUCCCCACACCGCUGAGCUCCUGCAGUUUGUGGCUUCGCCCCUUGAAUCCUCGUAAGCUGAUAGAGGUCAACUUCCCGGGUCUGAGACGCACCAUGAGUCUUCAGCAAGCCCUGAAGUUCAACCGUUUGCCUGAGGUUACAAAGGUGCAAGGAAUGCGCCCGAUGAUCAAAGAGGAUGCUCCAGGGAUCCUCUCACUACUCCAGAAAAAUCUCAGCAAGUUUCACCUCAGCCCCCUCUUAUCUCUGCAGGAAGUAGAGCACUGGUUCUUGCCGAGGGAGAAUGGGAAUGACGCCUACGUGGUGGAGCGAGACGGCGGCGUGCUGACAGAUGUGGUGAGCUUCUAUAGCAUCUCCUUCAGAGUGCUCAAUCAUCCAGUCCACACUAGUCUCAGAGCAGCUUACCUUUUCUACAUCGCCUCUUCUGCCACAGAGCUGGCAGAACUCAUGGAGGACACGUUGGUCCUCGCCAAAUCUAAAGGCUUUGACAUCCUCUGUGCACUGGACGUGAUGAACAACAUGAGUUUUCUGGAGAAGCUCAAGUUCACUAUCAGUGACAAGAGAGUUCAUUACUACUUGUACAACUGGAUGUGUCCUCUCAUGAGCCCCGACAAGGUUGGCCUGGUGUUACCCAAUUAACAUGAAUCUGAGAUGAACGGGCCAGAACAAGUUCAACGCUGC